GAUCGGAACCAACUUUGCGGACGACUUGGUUCGGCCCCGGAGCGCAUGGAAGAGCUGUGGAGCGUUAACGCGAGCGCGCAUUGGAACGCUUCCGAGGCGGGCAAGGAACGCAUGAGCGGCGCGGACUUGCCCGCGGACGGCUCGCCAGCGCUGCGCGUGCUCGUCUCGGUGGUGUACUCGCUGGUGUGUGCCGCCGGCCUGAUAGGGAACAUGCUGGUGCUCGUCCUCGUCAAGGUGCGCGGCGGCGGGGGCGUAGGUGCAGGUAAACGCCGCGCCACCAUCAACCUGUUCAUCGUCAACUUGGCGGUGACUGACCUUCAGUUCGUGCUAACUCUGCCCUUCUGGGCAGCGGACACACUGCUGGACUUCAGCUGGCCCUUUGGCCACGCUAUGUGCAAGGUGGUGCUCAGCGUGACCGUCAUGAACAUGUACGCCAGCGUCUUCUUCCUCACCGCCAUGAGUGUCACAAGAUACUGUUCCGUGGCGUCCGCGCUGCCAGAGCGUGCAGCCGGGCAGGGGCGCGCCUGCCCCGCACUCUGGGCAGUGGGCGCAUUGUGGGCGGCGGCCACCUUGGCCACAGCGCCCACCGCCAUCUUCUCUACGGUGAGGCGGGUGGCAGGGGAGCGCCUGUGCCUGCUGGACUUCCCUGAAGGGGAGGCAUGGCUCGCUCUCUACCAUGUACAGAAGAUCCUUGUGGCCUUCGUGCUCCCUGCGCUGGUGGUGUGCGCCUGCUACCUGUUGUUGCUACGCCUGCUCCGGUCACGCACUUUCAGUGCCAAGCAGGUGAGGCGGCGGGCACGCAUCACCCGCUCGGUGACCCUUGUAGUCGUGUCCUUCUUUGUGUGCUGGAUGCCAAACCACGCCAUCACGUUGUGGGGGGUUCUGGUCAAGUUCAACGUGCUGCACUGGGACCGGGCCUACUACCUGGCACACACCUACGUGCACCCGCUCAGUGUGUGCCUAGCGCACACCAACAGCUGCCUCAACCCAGUUCUCUACUGCCUCAUGCGCCCGGAGUUUCGCGCCAGGCUAAAGAACAUAUUCUGGAAGGUGGCAUCCCCCGCUGCGCCCCGAUCCGCCACCACUGUGCGCACGCGGCCUGGUGACGUUGUCAUCCCGCUCAACAACGUGGACACAGAGCACUGUCGUCUGUCCGUCCUGACAGAUCACUGUGACCCAGUCCUGACUCUAGAGCCACACGGCAGUGACACGGGAGUAGAAGAUCUGGACACUCAAAUGGAUGUUGUAAUGAGGAACAUUGAAAUGUUUGGACAGGAAGUGACGCAUGCUAACAAGGAACUACAUCACACCUGAACUGACUUUUGGUGCCUUCCAGACAAUUGGGAUGUCAGACAUUUUUUAUUGUGUAUUGCAACACCACUCAAAGUCGUAAUUCCUACACACACGCUCACCGAGAAGAAAUGUAAUGUCACAUGUUAAUGGCAGCACUCAAGUUCAAUUUCAAUAUGAUAUAAUGUGCAUUUAUG